UUUGAGUUUAAAAUGGCAAAAGAAAACGAGCACUUCCUGAAACCAGACAAUCAAUCCCCUGAAGAAAGUGAACAACUGGACACAGUGUCUAUGGAGCCUUCACAGGAGAUAUGGAACUCUACAGAGCAAGAAACAUCAGAGCUGCAGUCGGAUACAUUUCUCUCUCCCGCUACAGUGAGAAAUUCACAAACAACUGAUGGAUAUGGCCAAGCAGAAAUAGUUCCAGCAACACCUUCUUUUAUGUCAGCUGCAGGAGAUAGUGAAGAAGUUGGAACGCCUGGAAGAUCCCUAUCGGAAGUUUUCUCUGCGAGCAGUCUCGGUCAACGUUCUACUAGAGCUGCAGACAGGGAAUCACUACAAAGACAUGAACUAGGAACUAAUUCGUUCUCUCUAUUUUCUCCUGAAAAAGAAAUAUCCUUUAGGAAUAGGAAAGAACUCGAGGCACCUUCAGGUGCUGCAGAAGAGAUCGAAAGAAGGGUCAUAUGGGGUACCAACGUGAAUGUUGACGAAUGUGAACAGAAAAUUAAAAAGUUCCUGUACGAGUUCACAGCAACUACAGUGCAACAAGAUUAUGAAGAUGGAGAUGGUUUACAACAAGCAAAACCAAAGCCGUACUACCUUGAGCUAUUGACUCAUGCAAACGAAAUGCAAUACGAAGUAAUCAAUAUCGACCUGCAACAUGUAUUUGAAUUUGAUAGUGAACUUUAUGCCUAUGUUGUGACAUAUCCAACAGAAUUGAUAGCUAUCUUCGACCAAACGCUUCAAGAGGUGUGCAAGGAAAUGUUUGCCACAGAUGAUUCUUCAGAUAUCAUGAGUUCAGGAACCUCAAACUUUCAUGCUGGUAGACUUAUAACGAGAAUGUACAAUAUGAAAGAUACCGAAAUACAUAGCAUGAGAGAAAUUGACCCAUCCCAUAUUCAUCAAAUGAUCGGUGUAAGAGGAAUGGUUGUUCGUUGUUCCUCAGUAAUUCCAAACAUGAAUCGAGCUUUUUACAGUUGCAACAACUGCCACUGGAGUCUAUUUGUUGACAUUCAACGUGGAAAAAUUGAAGAGCCUAUUCAAUGUGACAAAUGUCAAGCACGAAAUAGCUUUAUGCUGAUCCAUAAUCGAUCUGUUUUUAGUGACAAGCAGAUGAUAAGAAUUCAAGAAACACCUGAAACUGUUCCUCAGGGAGAAACACCAGCCACAAUGACCAUAGUUGCUUACGACUCGCUGGUCGAUUCAGCCAGACCUGGCGAUCAGAUUGAAGUAACAGGAAUACUUCGCGCGGUCAGUGUGAGGAUUAAUCCGAAGCAAAGAAGUAUCCGUUCUGUAUUUCGUACAUAUAUUGACGCCAUACAUAUUCUCAAGGGGAAGCAAGGUCGCCUAUCUAAUUCAACGGAACAUAUGGACACUACUAGUGACUAUUAUCCUAUUGGUUCUGAUACUUCCGAAAAUGCAUUGUACUACUUUGAGAGAGAGAGGUCUAUUCGCGAGAUAUCUCAAGAUCCUCUCCUAUAUGAUAAGUUGAGUCGCUCAAUAGCACCAUCCAUAUAUGGACACGAAGACUUGAAAAAAGGCAUUUUGUUACAACUAUUUGGAGGAACUCGAAAAGACUUUUCUGCGAGUGGCGGUGGCCACUUUCGCAGUGACAUACAUGUUCUCUUGGUUGGAGACCCUGGAACCAGUAAAAGCUUGUUUCUUCAAUACGUCCACAGAAUUGCUCCUCGAGGUCUUUAUACUUCGGGAAGAGGCUCUUCCGCUGUUGGUCUCACAGCGUAUGUGACUCGAGACCCUGAUUCCAAUGACAUGGUUCUCGAAAGUGGAGCUUUAGUGCUCUCUGACAAGGGCAUAUGUUGUAUUGAUGAAUUUGACAAAAUGACUGAUUCAACAAGAAGCAUUUUGCAUGAAGCGAUGGAACAACAAACCGUUUCCAUUGCGAAAGCUGGUAUAAUAUGUUCCCUUAAUGCAAGGACAUCAGUGCUGGCAGCAGCCAAUCCUGUUGAAUCUCGCUAUAACCCUAAGUUAUCUGUUGUGGACAAUAUACAACUUCCUCCUACUCUUUUAUCAAGAUUUGAUCUUAUAUACCUUAUCCUGGAUAAUGCUAACCCUGAAGAAGAUAAAAGAUUAGGAAAUCACAUAACAUCUUUGUUCUCUGCAGAUACAGCAGUGGUCCAUUCAGAUGAGGAUCCUCUACCUUCUUUGGAGCCGGCGACAAUACAUAUGCCUAACUCUUCUCAUUCAUUUUUAGAUAGCACAACUCUUGCAUCUUAUAUUUCAUAUGCUCGGGAAAAAGUUCAUCCAAAGUUAAAUGACGACGCCGUUCAACGACUUACAAAAGGUUAUGUGGAAAUGCGGAGAAUGGGUAAUGCAUCUAAAAGCUGGUCAGGAGGGAUAAAGACAAUCACAGCAACUCCACGACAAUUAGAAAGCUUGAUUCGACUUUCCGAGGCGCAUGCAAAGAUGCGACUAUCAGACGUAGUGGAAAGCCAAGACGUUGAUGAAGCCUUACGUCUUGUUCAAGUAGCUAUGCAACAAUCAGCCAUAGAUCCUAUCACUGGAACAAUCGAUAUGGACUUGAUAACUACUGGCAAAUCGGCAACUAAGAGAAGUCGCAUCGCUAAAUUGGGCGAGGCUAUCUUUCAGUAUCUUCAACAAACCAAGACUUCUGAUACAGCUGUACGUACGUCGGAUGUUCUGAUGGAAGUCAAGAGAAGCAGUUCUAUGCCAUUUACAGAACAGGACUUCGAUGACGCGAUCCAUUACCUUGUUGAAGAAGAGAGAAUUUUUCGAGUCGCUGGCGGUCUUCGAGUCGGCACUUCUUGGUAAAUUUCAAUCUACACUUUCAAAUUGUAUGAUGAAUCCCAAAGUUCUAUUUUCAAGCACCUUGAUCAUCUUUCAUAAAGUAUAUCACUCGAACUGGAGUGAGUAUUCAUGCA